UUCAGUGCUCUCCAGUACGCACGCAUCUCGCGGCGUCGAGCUACCAAAGUUGUGGUGGUUAACGCUAUUAAUCCAUUGAGAAAUCCUCGACGUUUAUCGUCCGUGAAGGAGUAGAAGAAGACGAAUUUUACCCUCCUCUGAUUCGCAUCGAAUCGCGCGAUCGUAUUCCUCUCUUGGUUCUCUUGCGCAAGAAAGAUGAGACUGAUCGCUUGCUGUUCCGUGUACCUGGCUCUGCUAGUGGCGAUGGCCUCGGCAAGGUCAGCCGAUACCAACCCGACCAGCAACUCCAUUAACGAGGAAACCGCCAGGUCAACCGGCAACAGUAACGUGUUCGGAGAUCUGCGACAGAUGUACCAGAUUUACAAGGAGUGCGCAGACGAGGAGCUCAGUCCCUGCCUGAAAGUGAGACUGUUGUCGGCGAUGGACAGGGUGUCCAGGAGCUCCCAGUUGAACGUCGCGGACGGGGUGACGUUCGUUCAAGAGGAUCCUACCUCUGGCGAGGAGGAAGCGCCAAAAUCCUUCCAAGAGAUCGAAGCCAACCUUCCAAGGGCGUUGGACGACAAGGAGGAAGCGUUGAACGCCAUGAUCUACGACAAGGUCGUGAAAUUCUUUCAGAGUUACACGCUGAAGCUGAAGUUACCGAACGUCGAGGAACUUCAACGUAGCCUCGUGGAAGAAGGUCGUAAGAAGAAGAAGAACAUGAGCGGUCUGUUGGCCAUCCCCCUGCUGAUCGGCGGCACCCUGGUGCCCUUGGCGUUGGGCGCGCUCGCCCUUCUAGCCGGCAAAGCGUUGAUCGUCAGCAAAUUGGCGCUGGUCUUGGCUUCCAUCAUCGGCUUGAAGAAGCUAGUGUCCGGUGGCGGGGAUCACGGGGGGCACGAGGUCGUUCAAGUGGCCGGAGGGCACGGAUCGAGCGGAUGGGCGAGAUCGAGUCACGAUCUCGCUUAUUCCGCUUACAAGCCGGCGUCUCGAGAAGUUCCGGUUACGUUUUGCUCCCCUCGAUUCAUCUCCAUUCGGGUGAUUAAAAUGUUCAAGUACGCGAUAAUCGCCGCGGUGAUCGCCGCUUCGGUCACGGCUGCACCAGCCGCACAGGACGCCGUCCAUCAGCCGUCGAUCCUCGAGGAAGCUCUGGACGUUUACUCCUCCUGUUCCGGGGAAGAGGAUGUCUCGGUGUGCCUGAAGCUGAAGGCGCUGCGUUUCGUCGACAGAGCAGCCCGAUCGGCCGACAUCGAAGUCGUCGACGGAUUCAAGAUCGUGCAGACCGACGAGGCUAAGAACAGUCGGGCAGACAACGCGAGGUCCUUGAACGACAUCGAAAGCACCCUGCCCACUGAAGUCGUGGCUAAGGAAGCUGCGAUCGAUGAAGCUAUCUUGGACAGAGCUGGCAAGUUCCUCUCCACCCACACCGUGGAACUGAGUCUUCCCGAAGAAGUCUCCCGCUCGUUCGAUGAAGCACGUGGAAAGAAGAAGAAGAUCGUGAAAUCCCUUCUGCCGAUCCUGCUUCUCUUGAAACUGAAGGCUGCAGCUCUGAUCCCCAUCGCCCUGGGUGGUCUGGCUCUCCUAGCCCUGAAAGCCCUCGUGAUCGGCAAGAUCGCUUUGAUCAUCAGUGCGAUCAUCGGUCUGCAGAAGCUUCUUGGCAACAAGCAGCAGAGUUACGAGGUCGUCGCUCACCCUGUCCACUCCUACGGCCACGAAGAGCACCACGAUCAUCACGGCUGGGCGAGAUCGGCUGGAUCCGAGCUGGCGUACAACGCGUACAAACCAGCCGAGUAGCUCUCAGCAGUGACACCACUUCGUUUCAUCAACUCUCUACCUUCGUUCGCCAAAGUGAUCGUUCAGCCGGUGGCGAUCACCCGACGGCUGCGCGACUAAGUCCCUCGACAUUCGUACGGAAACGACCCAGGAACGACCGUACGAUCGGCAAUCGUUUCGUGGAAACACGCGAACUCUACGUGACUAGUGACAAAACGUGACGAACCGUGACGAUAGACUCUGUUCACCAGUGAGAGAGGCUGUUCGAAUCAGACACUCUCGGUGUCGUUCGAAUAAUUUGCAUUGGGCUCCGUUUAUAUUCAAUUGUAUCGUCAAUUAAAUGUCUCAUUUUCCUUAAAGGAAAGUGAACACGCAUCCUUCGAAUGGACACGAAGAGAACGGUAACUGGGAUGAUGGUACGGUUGAGUAUGAAUGGAUCUUAAUACGGUGACGUUAGGACAGAAACAGAAUACAGAAUGGACUGUAAGGACAGUGAAUGGUGGUAGUCGCGCAGUCUCGAGCAACCGGUGCGGUAAUCGUUCAGAGGUCGAUGCUUCGGAACGAUCUCGAUCGGAGAUCCCGGGUCCAACGCGGCCGGACUCGUAGUCAGUACCUGCACAGGGCCACCAGAUUUCAUCCAAUGAUUAUUUAUACACCGCCCCAAAGGGGUUGCCAUGUAACUUAUCAAAUUAUUUAUAAAUAAAUCUUAAUUUUAUACGAAAA